ACACAAACUCCUCACUUUAGAAACGACCUGUCAAACCAUUGUCAAAAGCAGGAAUGUUGUUGAUGUUUUUGUUAACCUAUUCCAAAUAAAAAUAUAGUUUUAAUUAAUUCCAAAGUUGUACCCAUUAUUAAUAAAAUACUUUAUUAUUUAGAAAAAAGUAUGGAAGUGUUGAAAGAAUGCACAGCUUAUCUUAGUAAUCAUGAAGUUCUAAACAUUCUUCAAGGAAUGAAAUCAAAUAAAAAGCAAAAUUCGGAACAACAGUUAGCCACAAUUACCUAUCAGACUGUCAAGUAUUUGGAGAAUAUUCCUUCCAGUAAACAAUCUUCUGAAAAAAUUCGCAACUUUUUAAAAGCUGUCGAAACGUUUAAGUUAACAAAGUGUGAAAAAUUGACGUUAUUGAAUUUGUGCCCAAAGACCGCUCUCGAGAUUCAACUGAUUGUCGAAGACAGUGAAGAUCGGUUAUCUGAGGAAGAGGUUGUAUCAUUAUUACAAGUGAUUGCGGAUAAUUUAGAAGAUAAGGAAGAACAACCCAGCUGAUGUGAUCUUUCUAAAUAGUAUGUUAAUUCUUUUUUCUCUUUGUGAUAUUAAAGGCAAUUUUACAUUUAGUA